AAGAUGGUGACAAAGAGCCUUGUUGGGCUUCUUGACAUUCGAUACCAGAUGUUGUUUGGCUUGAUUGACGUCUAAUUUUCUUGCUGUUUGUAUUGUUUUGGUUGAUUUUAAAAAAGAUGCUUGUAUCAGAAAGGGCAUUCCUCGUUUUAGGAGACGUCAUCAUGUGUAAGGAUGAGCAUCGGAAUAUGCAGCGUGUUACGCUGUGGUAAUGGAAGACGGCGUAGAUACUUUGUCUCUGUCUGCAGAACAGAUGGCAGAGAAUGGCUCCCUCGGUCAGUUCUCCGAGACGUCUGCUGGGGUGGAGCAGUCUGCGCCUGCUGCUUCCUCGUCAUCUCAGAAAGUUUUUAAAGUGAAAUCGGACCGCAGGCAAAAGACUAGCUCUGCAAAAGAUGACAGCGAGGUCCAGGCCACACGGAGAAGUUCUCGCACAGUCAAGAAGACCAAACGGGCCCUGGACAGUGCCGAUCUGGAAGAGCUCGACGAGGAUACAGACGCUCCGAGCAAGAAGAAAGCUUGUAAGACGAAGGCGCGGAAGAGGGACAUCUUGUCAAACGGCCAGCCGUUCAGCUGUAGCCUGUGCGCCAGCCCCUACCUCAACAACGUGUCCAAGAAAGGACCGGCCAGUCGCUUCAAGACCUUGACCAAGCCCGUGCUGAAGGAGAAGGAUGGACGUAUCCUGACUGUGUGCUUCCGAUGUGCCCACGCCAUUGAACAGUCAGAGCCGAAGCGGCCCAGUGCGGAAGAGCGGAGCCGGUUUGAGGAGAAGGGCAGACAGUUUGCCGAACACCUGGCCACCUACCUCAAGGACAAUGAUGCCAAGCGCCUGUUCUGUUCCUCCUACCAAGCGUCGCCCUGUGGCUGUAUACAGAACUUCAUCUCGGGUUUGCUCAGCAAGAAGAAGCCCCGCCUCUGUGUCCCCAAUGUGGCUAGUGUCGCCAGCGGUGACAGCAAGACGUCAGACAAGGCUGAGCCGGAAGAAGACGUGGGGCCUCCCGCCCCUGACGAGAAAGCGGACCGGGCACAGAGGGCCAAGUUCUUGCUGUCUCUACUGAAGGAGUCGCGCGCCAAGAAGGCUGAAGAGAAAGACAAGUCCAAGAAGACUGUAACGGUUGAUGGCACGGCGAGUGGUGGGGGCGUGGCAGGUGGUGGGGGCGUGGCGGGUGGUGGGGACGUGGCAGGUGGUGGGGGCGUGGCGGGUGAUGGGGGCGUGGCGGGGAAGCAGCCGUUCGAGGAGUUCGUCCUGCGACAUCGCGUGCGGCUCAAGAAGCUGGGUCUGUGCGAGCGCGGCUGCCACAAGGUGCUCUGCUACUCCAACAACUUCCUGCACCGUCGCGGAACCACUGCCAAGGACCCGAUGCGUAUUCAGAGAACCAAAGGGAAAGCCGCCCUGGGUCUUCUCCAGCCCAUCCAUGAACUGUCCAAACUGACGUGCUGCAGCCUGGCUUGUGUCGAGGCAGCUAAAACCAAAGCGGAACAGCUGAGCUUGUGGAGAGAGAAUGCUGGCAAAGGGCAGAAGGAGGCGUCGAAGGUCCUCGCCGAGAUGUUGACUCGAAAAGUUGGCAGGGGAGGUUACUGCUUCAAGUUCGUCUCCAUGGUGACGGGCUCCUGUAGCAGCACGGUGCGGAAGGUGUACGGCCAGGCCAUGCUGGCGCGAGGUCAACACACGCAGGCGGGAACACGUCGGGAUGGCGAGGUGGAGGAGAAGAAGAAGAAAGGAGGAACGAUCGCGUUGCGGGCGACGAAAGGUGUGAGCAGCGUGCAGCCAGCGGUGAAAAAAGUCCGCCUGUCUCAGACAGCGGUGGCUACGCCCGUUCACAUGUCGCCGAGAGGCGCCUCUCUGGCCGGUGGCCCGGCCGGCAUGACCUUGACCUCGCCUCUGGUCCUCCUCCAGGCUGCUCCGGCCGGCGGCCCCGUGCCCGGUUCGACGAGCGCCAGCGCCCCCAUGUUGGUGCUGUGCCAGGCUCCGCCCCCCUCGGUGUUUGUGAACUCUGCGGUCGGAGGUACGACGAGCCCCGCGGGGGUCGCCCCCUGGUCUAUGAUGUCAAAGGUCAAGUGUGCCGGCCCAGAGGAGGCUACGCCUGCUGAAGUGAGACCACCGCAGGAAGUGGAGAAAAGACGAGUGAGAGAGGAAGAGGUGGAGGAGAAAAGAAGAGUGGAGGAGGAGGAGAAGGAGGCAGUGAAGAGACGCGUGGAGGAGGAGGAGGGGGAGAGGCGAAGGAAGAUGUUGGAGCUGCAGCGUCGCGGUUCGGAGCUCCAGGAGGAGAUCAAGAUUCUCAGUCAGAACCUGCCGGAGAAACUGGCAAGACUCCAGCAAUGCUGCACAGAACUGUCUCAAGUGCAACAAGCUCUGAAAGACAUGAGUUCGAACCAGGAACCCCCGCCUGCUGCUCACGUCAAGAGGACGCCUAAACCAACAACCUCAACGUCGUCGCUCGCUACUACACCACUCCAGAAACCCUCCGACUCUGUGGCCAUCACGACAUCCUCAGUCCUUGAUGCCACCACAACCAUCGUGUCUAACAAAGAAUCUCACCAACAGGGAGGCAGCAGAAUCUCUUCCGUGGACUUAACUGGGUCAACGGUCCAGCUGCAUGGCCAAGCGCCUUUGUGUGGUGUCCAGAGUAGCGUUCCACCGAUGCCCGUCCAGGGUCUGACCGACGUCCAGCAAGUUCUCGGCCCGAGCUCUGGUCUCUCUCUACAAGUCGCCAGUCCAAAAGUCGUAUCUUCCGUCUCUCAAACUCCGAUGGUUCUGUCCCCCUUGCCCCUCGCGGGGAAUGUGAGAGGGUUGCUGGUCCCUCAGUCUCUCGCGUCCGUCAUACUCUCCACCCAAUCGUCGGCGCCGGCGCAGAUUUCUCCCAGGGUCGGGCCGGUCUCGAGAAACUCAGAAGUAACUUCUCGGACGCAGAACUACGCUCCCCCCGUGGAUGUUGCGUGUACAACCUCUGAGGUGCUGUCGGUUUUUUCUGCUCCUCAGCUGGGCCAGGUUUUUGAUCUUUGUAAGUCGACGCCUGGUGUCGGCUUGUCUGAACUACGUACGCCAAGGACACAGAACAGCCCUCGGCUUGUGACCCCCGGAUUCACCAACAGUGGGAAAAGACGUGGAGCGGUGCAGAGAGAGAUAAAUUUUGCAGCAAGUGAAAACGACACACAUCUACAGCCCGGGCUCCCACUGACUGCAGGUUCUUCCAGAAGUGGUCAAGUCAUGGCCAGCAACUCUCUUCCAGUAGUUGACCCGCAGCGAGUGACCGCUCACGUUGAUGGUGUCCACACAUCGUCGUUGUCCCCGUUGUCCCAGAUUUCAACGCCAGCUGCUGCAUCUGUAGCAUUGACGUCGACUCUUCCCAAGAGUGGUCAGAUUGGGAGCGUGCACGCGUGUUCGGAGGACACCAGCACCUCCGCUGUCACUCGCGUGUUGCUAGCCGGGCCGCCAACUUCCUGUCCCUCGACUGGUGUGGCCUUGACAGAAUCCACGACAGCUGGGACACAGGUGACCUGGGCGUCUCCGGUACCCAUGACAGCUUCCAGUUCCUCUUCCUUUUUGUCCUCGCCGGAAUGCUCAGCGUUAGCAUCAUCAUCAUCAUCAUCAUCAUCAUCGUCAAUGCCAUCAUCAUUGUCAUCAUCUCUCCCCGAGCAAGCAGUCAUAUUUGACGCUUUGGCGGACUCCCCGGUCAAAUGGUUUUCCUCCGUCGUCGCUCCCUCAGCCACGACCUUCAACCCUGUCCCGACCCCUAUUGUGAGUUAUCCUUCCUUGCUCUCAGAGAUGCUGAUGAGCAAACCGGUCGAGGUGCCGACACAGUCUGCCGUUUCUUCCUCGGGGUCAGGAUCGGCACCGACUUUGACCUCUGUGACGCCUGUCUCCAGUACUUCGCAGGUGACCCCGACCGUUGUACAGUCUGACCUGUUGCCACCCCCUGCGUCAGUGUCAUCUGUCAUCUCUCUUCCGGACGGGCUUCAGAGCGACAAAGCCUCCUCCUCCUCCUCCUCUCACCCCCCGACCCUCCUCUUCUCCAGCAGCGGCUCUGUGGCCAGGUCACCCAACCCGACGCGAGGUCCCCCGGGGCGCACCCCUCCCAUCACAUUCACCAUCGGCCAGCACGCGUCUUUGACCCACUCCCAGCUCAAGGGAGGUCACCACCGACGACACAAUCGUAGCCGAGAGCCGCUGCAGGUGGGCAUCGUCCACCCACACGUGGCGGGAAGUAGCGCCAGUACUGGUGUGACCUUCACCUCGUUGUCCACCGCGAAAGACUCGAACGGCGCUCUCAGCAGCAGCAGUAGUAACGCGGUGGGUGUUGCUGCUGCUGCUUCCGGUUCUGGCGUCUCUCUGUCCAGUCUUGGCUCCGACGGUUCUCAUCAAGGCUUCAUCACGCUGACUCAGUCCACGACCUUGAACCCCAGCACCCUGAAACUGGUCUCCGACACGUCUGCGCGGCUGGGAAUGCAGCAGGUAGCGGGACUCCUCCCCCCCUCUCAGAACAAGAUGAACCAACAACAACAGAAUUCCCGGCAACAACAACGACAACAACGACAGCAUCAGCAGCAGCAGCAGCAACCUCAGCAGGUGGUCUCAGAGCCUUCAGCCGACGCUCAAAAUAAAUCAUCAGAAGGCCGUUUGUACAGUUUAGUCUCCGCUGAAACAAUCGCUGGUCAGAAUUCUGCUACAGUUGUGUCUGUGUCGGGCGUGAGUCUUACUUCAUUGACCAACAGUCAUCAUUCCCAAACAUCUAGCGUCAGUUCCCAAACGUCCAACAGCCGGCCGGGGAAUUCGCCGAGCGGGUCGACCAUGGAUGGUGCGGUCGCGACCGACAAGUCUGGUCCCAUGAGACUAGUUCCUCUCGUCCUAGCACCCGAUACCGCCUCCCCCCAGCUCAACUCAUUACCGGCCGUAGCGGUCAUUAACGGUCAGCAGUUUUUGUUUAACACCAACCUGGCGAACCAGCUUUUCCCAAAUGCGAGCGCGACCCUCGUGAACUCUGUCGUAAACUCUAGCUUGACCAGCAGCCCCGCUUCGCUACAGCUCGUUGAUUCACUCGGUCUGAAUACUUUGGGCUCGGAACAAUCUUCCUGCCCUCAAAUAAAUAUUCCGAGCGAUGCAGCCGAAUCGGGAAUUCGUGUGUCGAAAACGAACAUGCCAACCGAGAAGAAAAAUCAAUUCAUUUCAGAUGCCACAGAAUAUUCCUCCAAAGUUCCUAAUUCCGGGAUUGCUCAGAUUGCAGCGAGAAAUGGUGGAAGACAGUCUUCCUCUUCAGCUUCUGGCCUUGUCCAGAUUCCUGAGGACAACAGUGCCGCAGGUGUGGGCGAGGCUCCGGAGAAGGUUGUAGUGGGCACGGGUCAGCCGGCCCUGCGGUCUGCGCUGGACCAAAGUCUCGGCGAGCCGACCCUGAGCUGGCUCCUGGAGACGGUGGUCUCCUCUCAAAGAUCUGCUCUGACUACUGAGGCACAAGGAGCGUCUUCAUCUACAGAGGAGUCUUCUUCUUCUUCUUCUUCGGAUGCAACGAGGGCUCAGUUUGUGAACAGCUCCGGGCAGUUGUCGAUGGUUAAUCUGCCUGAGCUGCUGGGAGCGUCGGUCAGCACUACAGGGAUCCCUGCAGUGCAGCAACAGCAGAUGCAACAGCAACAACAACAGCAGCACCAGCAGCAACAACAGCAGAUACAACACCAACAACAACAGCAGCACCAACAACAGCAGCACCAACAACAGCAGCAACAACAACAGCAGCAACAACAGCAGAUACAACACCAACAACAACAGCAGCACCAACAACAGCAGCAACAAGACAAGCAACAGCAACAACAGAAGCUUAUUCUGUCUCAGAGUUCGUGCGCAGUGAACGUUCCGCCAAAGGAUACGGUGGUGACGUCUGCUAACCCAGCCGUCGACAACACAGAUGUUGUGCCGUCACGUCCGGUUUGCUCGAUGGCGCUCCCAACACAAGCUCUCGCUCUCGCGGAUGAGACGUCAGGGUUGGCGUUGGUCGACGGAAAGACUCAGCAACCUCUGCCUCCGGAGGCUGUAUUUACCAUCCUUCCUCAAAACGAAGAGUUGCAGCAACUACAGCAACAGCUACAACAGCAAAAUCAGCAACAGCUACAACAGCAACUACAGCAACAGUUACAACAGCAAAAUCAGCAACAGCUACAACAGCAAAAUCAGCAACAGCAGCAAUUGUUGUCUGUGGGCCAAGUACUGACAGGACAGAGUUCCGGCCCCCAGAUAAUUCAGCUAGAUCCAGCUUCCUUCCCUGGGCUCAGCAGCGUUCCUUCCAUCGGGCUGCCCAUCCAGGGAGUGACCAGCAUCCAGCAGGUCAUCCGCCCGGGAUCGGGCCUCCCUCGGGUCAUGCUCCCCCUCCAGACUUCGGCCGUCGGAAGCGAGGCGGCGCUGCAGGUCGGGUCUCAGCAGGGGCAGCAACCACAGCUGAUCAAUCUCCUCAACUCGGCAGUCCCGCUUCAGAUCCUGCAAAGUCAAGGUCAGCCCAUUGUCGUGCCCGUACCUGGCGUCUGUGGCGGUGGUGGUAGCACUCAGUUUGGCGUCCAGAUGCUUCAAGGUCAGGCUCAGGCUGGGGUCAAGGUCAUGCAGGUGAACGGACAGGCGGCGGGCGUGCAGUACGUUUCGGAUCAGAGUCUCGCUGGUGGGGGUCAACCGCUGCCCGGAUUGUUCCCUGAAGGAGUUCAGGUCCUUGGCGCGAUGGAGGGUUCGAACCUGCAGGUCCUUCAGAGCCAGGGCCAGCCCAGCGUUCAGUCUGUGCAGAUCCAAGGUCAGGUUAUUGAAGCUCAAGGUCAGUCGAUACUUCCGUCUCUGGUUCCUGUGCAGGUCGAGUCGGAGGUACAGAAUGUCCAGAACCAGGUCCAUCAGUCCUCGGUGCGGGUCACUACCGGUCAGCUCCAGUCUCCCACCGUCCAGCUCUUACAGAAUGAAAAUGGGCCGGCGACCAUCUCGGUCCAGUCUCCUCCGCAGAAGAGUUCUGGCCGGGGCCCCCCUACGUCCAGCGCCAACCCCACGGUGGUCCUCUCCUCGUGUUUGUCGGCGCCGUCUGGCGGAGCGAGUCACGGUGGACUGGCGGUGGUGUCCAGCAAGCACAGGCCCAUUCGACCGAAGCUUCAGAGCGUUCCGCGGCAAACAACUGCGAUACAGAAGAACAGCAGCAGCAACAGCGUCAGCAGCAACAGCAGUACCUUCAUCCUGGUCCCGGACAAGCAGGGCUAUGCCGUGGCCCCACUGGACUCGAACCUCAUCCCUGCGCAGAGGCUACAACUCGCCGCUCCCCCUACGACCGCCAUCAUAGCAUCUUCUACUUCUGCCACGAGCCGUGGUGUCGAGAAAGGAGCGGGAACGCUGUCUCUUCCGAAAUUGUCUUCUUUAAAUUCUGGAGCGAAAAAAGUUCCCACCGGAGUUUUGGUGAACAUUAGCUCAGCGUCUGACAAUUUGACGUCAUGCCUAGGAAGCGGCAAACCAAACAGAUCGGCGCAAACGACCGUGUCUGGGGGCUCUUCAGUCAAGAAGGGACAGGACUUUGUUCGCACGUCUGCCGGGAUUCCUGCGUCGGCUGCAGCUCGAGCUCUCGUAGGUCAAAAUGUCCCAGCCAUCAAAGUGGUAUCUGAUUUGCCACCAGUGUCGCAACUCCAACAUUUCUCCUACAGCGUCGAGAGUGGAGAAACAACGGCUCUGAUUGGAGAACCGCAGACCGGGGAAGUUCCCGCCAGAGGGCAGCAGCAGCAGGGGUCUGUCGUUGGGAGACUUCCUGGAAGUCAGGCGUCCCUGCGUCUGUCAGGGAACGUUGCACUCUCUGCAAAAAGUGACGCAAACCCCUGCACGAGUGGGAACCUUUUGCAGGGUCAAAGGUCAUCAUCCACCAAAUCAGCGUCGUCCUCAUCGUCAUCAUCAGCGCAGAAACUGUCCUCUGGGAAGAAGCUGUCGUCUGCUGAAGAACGCCCGGAGUUGAAGAGUCAAUUCUUGCGUCAAAGUGAACUUUCAGUUGGCAGGGAUGCAGUGACGAUCAGUUCUCAGAUAGAAAAGCCAGGGUCUGGACAGUUGCCGGGGGGUUUACUGAACUCUACCGUGCUGCAGUUGACCGCUGAUGGUAGAAUACUCAUUCCUCUCUCUGGGGAUGGACGGCAAGCUGCUGACCCAAUUUCUCUGAGCUUGGGUUCGGAAGAGGUCAAAGUUGAAGGUAAGGAGCACCGAAUCCUCAACAAGCUGACAGUGAACUUGUCUCAGGCCGGGCUGACGUCCACCCUCGCCCCACCCGUCCCGUCCUCGUUGAGUGGGGGUCAUCAAGUGUGGGCCGGCCAACUGCCACAACUGCCGAUGCUUCAACUGUCGGCGUCAGACGGUGCCGCUGUGACCUCGCAAGGCCUGGCUGUUCCAGCUCCUACUUCUGUGGGUUUGCCUAACCUGGGCGGAGUGGACGGUGGUCAGUUGUUGGGAGAUGGCACGGUCUAUGUCUCUUCGGAGUGUGUCCAAGUGACCGCGAGUCAUUCCAGCGUCAGCAAAACUUCUGGCGGUGGAGGUCAGAACGCGGUUCUGAGCAGCCAGCAGCUUAUAUCGAAUCAAACAGUGACACAAAUCUCCAGCUCCGCGGACCCGGCAACAGUCUCCACAACAAUUUCCCCGAAGCAGUUAUUGCCCUUAGGGAUAAAGUUCAAUCCCGGUUCCGUGCUCGGGUCCGUGGAUGCUUCGUCUGUCGCGGGUGGCAUAACGCUGGUCUCAGCACUGCCCGUAGGGAGCUCACUCGACCAACAAGCGCCAGGAGCCGUUGUCAACAGCAGCGUGCCGAGUUUUGUGGUGGCUCCGGCUCUGCCGCGAGAGGUGCAGGGUUUGAGUCUGGUCAACGUGUCCCAUCGGCAGCCUGUGGAGGUAGGUGGUGGUGGUGGCUCAUCACACGCUAGCACGGGUGGUGCUGGUGAUAGGACGACGUCUACUACCCAGGACAAACCCAUCACGUACCUACAGAGCAAGGAAGUGAUCGACCUCACAGAGGACAGCCCCCCCGCCACGCCAAGCAAGGCCCCACCACGUGCCACUUUCACGACGGGCUCGACGGCGAUGAUGACCACAACACCGAUGACGACCAAAGAUCCGAAGAGAAGCGCGUCAUCCGUUGCGGCUGUCGUUUCGACGAAACCUCAAAGUACGUCCGGCCCAGUUCCCAGAGUGCUGUCCAUGGAUGAGGUCAAGAAGCAGAUCAGUUUUCAGAGCGGGCUGGCGCCAGCGUCCGAGGCCUCUCUGGCGAUGACGGUUCCCGCUCAAACACCACAGGACCAGAUUCCACUGCCCAACAGCCAGGUUCAGCCGGCCGCCAGUCAGUCACAGGCUGAUCAAGCCUUGCACCGACUCCCACAGUUUUUGUCCUUGCCAGGUUCAAAGGUCACACAGAAUAUUGUUCAAACGAGUAGAGGUCAGGUCCCGGUGCAGAUGCAGCUGUGGUCAGCGAGUGGAGUGAGUGAGAAGGCCGGUCAAGGCGGAAAUGUGGCGGCUGAUGCUGAAUCUGGACUCACUAAUGAUCAGGUCACGAUAGUAAAUCUGGGGAGCGAUGUGAAUCAUCCGAUGCCUGUCUUGGAGAUGGGUAAUGUGCAGCAGAAAGGUUUCAUCUCCUGGCCCGACGCGAAGCAAAGUGAAGCCUCGCAGAUGAUUGUAAGCGGUGCGGUGGAUGUGGGGGCGUCUCCGACUAUUUCUGCGCUCUCACUACCUUCACAGGCAUCUGUCCCAAGCAGUAGUGAGCCGAUAGCGGAGGAGCCCACGGCAGCAACUGUCAGGGGAGACAACAGCCGUGGCAGUGGAGAGUCACGGACGUCACAGAUGUCACAGCCCAGCGUGCUGGUGUUUGGCCCCGGUGGGUCCGACGAGCUCCCCGAGGACAUCCGCGACACGCUCAUCUCCUGCCUGGAGGCGCACCAAGCCGGCAACCCCGACGUUCACCUGGAGACCCGACCUCUGACCUCCGGCGGCAAGGGCCUGGUGGACGUGAAGGAUUGCCUGGCGCCGGGCGCCUCCGGUCAGGCCGACCUCCGCUUGGACAACCUGGGAAAGGUGUUUGGCCAGAUGAAGUGUUCCCGGGCGGCCGUGGUCACUAUCUCGGCCAAUCAGAGGUUCCAGCAGUCACGCGGGAAGUCCAGGCCGGGGCUCUUAUCCACGGAUGUCUCGACAGAUGCCUCACGGUCAGUGUCCUCCGCUGACGGAAUGCCAAGGUUGUUGACAAAUAUAGGGUCUAGGUCACCUGGUGCAUUGGUGUCGAAGCCGAGCGUGGAUACAGGGACGAGGCUGACUGGAGACACGACUGCUGCCUCGAGGGUAGUGUCGAACAGCGCAAAGAUGGCCGCUCUUCACUUGUCUGGCUCGGACGCAGUGUACAAGACGGCGGGGAACUCCCCUCAUACGUCAGUGUCGGCCAAUAGCACGGCCGCUGCCGUCAGUCACCAGAUCCUGGAGUCUGUGUCCGCCCGGAGCUCCAUCGGUCACUUGAGGGCUACCUCGGAGAUGGGUUCUUCCUCUUCCUCCUCCUCCUCCCACCAGGCACCUCUCCUCAUCCAGGCACACACGCCGACGGGCGCGGUGGGCCCGCCCAACAUCACCAUUCUGUCGCAGGCCGAGUCGAGUCAUACCCCGCGGGUAAAGUUUUCGUCGGCGAGUUCAGCUACGCAGCGAAUGAUGAUGAUGCCCCCCGCAUCGUUGUUAUCGCAAGCGACUCCGCGUCCGCUCGUCUGUACUACCAUCAGUGGAGGCGGUACCUUCCUGGCUCAGUCAGUCCGGCCGCCGUCGUAUGUGUCGCAGUCUGUGGUCGCAGACCAGAUGUUGUCGAAUUCCUCUCCCAGAUCAGAAAAUCUGGCUGCCCCGGCCGGACGUGGAUCUCUCGUGUCAGGAACACCGGCUCUCCUCGUGUCGGCAGGGGAACAAACUCUUCAGCUCUCCGGAACUUUUACGGCGCCCCCUGGUGGUGUCGGCCUCGGGAACGCUGCUGCCAGCGCCACUUUGACUUCCGCCAGUUUUCCGGCCUUACCAGCGUCUGUUCUGACUGCGUCCCCGAAUGUUGUGAUCUCCACUAACAGUGUGCUGACAGGGAGCCUAACUGGCACGGUGGCUAGUGACGGGGCUGGUUGUGGCGCGGUUGUCGCACGCCUCAACCCUUCCCCGGCUACGGACAGUAGUGCAGUGACGACGAAGAAACCGAGGAAGCGAUCGGAGACGGUGCAGAAUCUUCUGGACCGCCAGAAGGUCAGUAAGCGGCAAGUGGGUCUCGUCAGCUCGACAGUGCUGCCCGUCACAGGUGGCCAGACCAGUUUGAUGUUACCCGCCGGCGGCUCUCCGUCUCAACUCCCGACAACCGUUAUGUUGUCUGCCGCCGGCCUCGGUGAGGCGGAACUUUCCGGAAGUCUUCUGUUGCCCGCCUCUCUGCUGGGCGCACAGGUCCCCAAGAAUAAACAGGGGAGCGUUGCAACUGUGUGCUGGACUCCCCAGAAGGCUGGUCAGCUUGUAGUGGACGGCGGUCAGCUGAACCAGGUGGCGUGCCAGGGUGUCGCACCGGCCGACACUUCGCUACCCAACGUGGUGCCGCUAGACUCGUUUCUGGCCGGCCGAGGCAGCAGCAGUAGCAGCAGCAGCAGCAGCAGCAGCAGCGGUAGCAGCAGCAGCAGCACAGUGAUGUCCUCCCAGAUUUUACCCGUACGUGGAAAUUCUUCUUCUGGUCAGCCCGUGGUACAAGCCAGUAUGCUGCCCAAAGUCAUCGAGGAAACCAUGCUGCAGACCACAGGUUUGUCGUCUGCUGGAACAAACGUGAGCUUGUCCAACACCGUCGUUCCUGCGUCAUUGUCCUCGCAGAAUGCGCCCUCCUCAGCCUCAAGGUCAGGGUCAGGCCGCUCGUCAGUUUCUCAGACCCGCACCGGUACCUCACAGUCGAGCGCGGGGAAGAGAAGUAAGCUGGAGGUCUCGACGGCCGAGGAGAGGGAGGAGUACGUGCGGAGGAAGAUCAACGAGCAGAGGGAGCUGAUUGGUCAGCCUCAAGUGGCAGAUUUCCCGAUGUCGAACGGGCGCGCCGUUGCUAAGUCUCACGGGGAGCAGAGGUCGCGGAGGCAACAGGUGAAACCAGCCGCGUUGUCAUCGGGACAGGUGUCUUUGGCAGGUGUGUCGUCAGGACAGGUGUCUUUGGCAGGUGUGUCAUCCGGACAGGUGUCUCUAGCAGGUGUGUCGUCAGGACAGGUGUCUUUGGCAGGUGUGUCGUCAGGACAGGUGUCUUUGGCAGGUGUGUCGUCCGGACAGGUGUCUGUGGCAGGUGUGUCGUCAGGACAUGUGACAUCGAGAGUGGUGUCAUCACAAGGUGUGUCAUCAGCCGGCCUGCCCACCACAAACACAUCGUCAGCAGAGCUCUCCUCCCACUUUGGUUUCACCCCACAGUCAGGACUCCAGACUUCUGCUGGGGUUACAGACCUGAUGUCCAACGCUGGGGGUCUUGCUGCACUUUCCUCUUCCUCCUCCUCCCCUUCUUCCUCCUCUUUAACUUUAUCCUCCUCCUCUGUAACUUUGUCCUCCUCCUCCUCCACCUCCUCCUCUCUGAUGUCCUCUUCCUCCCUCCAGCUGCCCACCCUCCUCCUGCAGACUCCCACCACCACCUGCAGCUCUCUGUCCAGUCUCCUGCAAGCUCCGCUGUCCACUCACUCCCAGAAUGUCCCCGUGGCGUUGUCCGCUCACUCCCAGAACGCACCCAUGGCGCUAUCCACUCAUUCCCAGAACGCACCCAUGGCGCUAUCCACUCAUUCCCAGAACGCACCCAUGGCGCUAUCCACUCAUUCCCAGAACGCACCCAUGGCGUUGUCCACUCACUCCCAGAACACACCCAUGGUGUUGUCCGCUCACUCCCAGAACGCACCCAUGGCAUUGUCCGCUCACUCCCAGAAUGCACCAAUGCAGACAGAUGAGCACCUCCAGCUGCGGUCACCUCAGCUACUACAGAUAAUGACCAGCCCUCAGACACAACUGAGACAUGUCCAGUCUUCUGCCUCAGACCGUUCAGAGAAAAGUACCAGCAAGAGAGCCAUUAUGUCGGUCGGUCACUCCUCCUCGCAAAACUCUGGGGCCGGGAAUUCUGUCGUUGAUGGUCAGUUGGGUAUGGUUCAAGGACAGUCGAGUGUUGGGGACAGAAGGUCAUCGGUUACUUCCCAGGAACAGGACGGUGUGGACGUUGGGCGCGACGGAAGGAAGGAUGGUGAACUGACCUCUUACGUUGAGGCGCAGCGCCAAGAGAAAAGUGUUUUGUCAGAUGUCGCUCCUUCGACAAGUGGGGUCGUCGCGGGUCCUCCUAGGAUGUUUUCGACCAGCUCGACCAGCGUGAAGUCGCCAGGUCACACACCAAGCGGUAGCGUGAGCCGCGUUCCGACGCAGAACCCGCUCUUGGCGAGGAUGUUGUUCAAACCCGCGCCGCAGAGCGCAGAGGCAGGACAACAGGUGCGCACGGUGCGAAGCAACUCACUUUUGUCGUCCGUGCCGACUGCGGAGAAGCAGCUCACGUCUGGGGAAGCGAGGAAGAGGCUGAGCUCGGAACCCGCUCUACCGCCGGCCGCCACCGCCUCUCUGGGGUCAGCUGACCCGGCAGGUCAAAGGGGAGCCACUCUGGCGAGUCAGGAGACGGGUAACCUGAAAAGAUCAAAAAGUACCGGUGAGGAGGAAAACAGUUUGUUUGUUACUCCGGGACAGGAAGCGAAUCCACCUACUUUUGAUUUUGUUCCAGGUGAGCUCUUGACCUCUCUGCCACAAAAACCGUGGAAAUCUUUGGGUCCCUCGGAUGAGGAUUACGUGAAGUCGGCCGGACAGCCCCCAGACAUUGGCCAGGGUAGGAUCACCAAGGUCAUUCACGACAUGUACAAGUUCACCGACGAAUCAGACGAAGUGUUGCCCCCGCCCCCGUCGUACAGACAGGCCAAACUGAGACUGAUGUCUCAAAGCCAGGCCAAAGCGUCGGCCAUGAUGGCCUCUCCGCCCACCUUCGAAGGGGCCGGUUUGUCCGGGGGAAGGUUCUCCCAACACGACGACAGAAAGCUCUCGAACCCGGUCACCCACAGCCACGCUGUCGGUCAGCCAUCGGAUACAGAUGGAGGGAAAUCGCUGACGGAAUUGCCGCCCCUGAUGCUAAGGCCAGUGAGGGAGAGGAAGGAUCUGGCUGGUGGCAGGUUGAGCAGUAAAAAAGUCCAGUUCUCCGACCAGGUUUCUACUUCGUUGCCCGCGGACAUUUUGUACUCUCCUGGGGGUCAUGCUAGCGACUUCCGACCUGCAGCGACCCAGCACCAGGGCAAAGACAGCAAGCUGAAGGCUCUACUGGCGGAUCAAGGCAGCCCGUCCUCUACUCUGACCUCUGUGACCCACCACGGCGCAGUGUUCAGAGGCCAGGGGGGGAAUCCGGAUUCAAUGAGUUCAGUUUUUAACAGCUCCACACCGGCUGGUAAUGGUGCGUUUACCGGGGCCAGAUGUUCCACCCAAAGGUUUGUUCAAAACGCUGUGCCUGGCGUCUCGACUGACUCGGAUGUUUACACAUUUAUGUCGUCGUCAGAUGGUCUCCAAAAUACCACGGGGGAAAUUUCAAACGCUACCCGGACUUCAGACCAGUCCAAACGACUUCAUGAAAGGUUGGAAGUCCAUGCUUCAGGGGAGGAAAUGAAACACGGGGUGGGCCUCAAGGUCAGAGGCUCUUCUGCAAACGUGGAGUACGCUGCCGAGAGGAUCGAUGUGCUGGCAGGGGAUCGGGGAGCUCUUCGUGGUGAUGUGGUCGUCGGUGAAAUGUAUGGGGACGGUGCUGGUGGUGGUGGUGGUCACUUGUUGCAGGGAGACAUGGAGCCUCCUGGGCUGGGGUACCAAACGACUGGCCUCGCCUUGUCGGACAGAAGCGCUCCGGUCAAAUUUCUCUCCUCUAGCGUCGCGACGGCUGGGUCAGCGAGACGGGAAGGCCUGCAGUCUUUCAGUGCGUUGCAUCACGGCUUGAAAGAAUCUCAGAGACGGCACACGCCAUCGGGUGAUAAUAACAGCCAGAAACUGUGGAGUUAUCUAUCGGCGACGUCUAAGGCGUUCAAAUGUUCCAACAACGAUAGAUUUCUGGAUGGUAAGGAAGAUGAUCAGCUGUCCGUGGGGGUGCCGGUGACCUACGCUGACCUUCAGAGUGACUCGAUUCCCAAGGUCUUCGGGCAGACGUCUGCAGCAGCAAGACUUGACGAAGACAUGGACGGCCGGACCGUUGUCAGUGACCCUGAGCGUUCUGUCAUAUCGCCGCUGAUCCGACAACGGACGCUGCAGUCGAAUUACAAGAUUGCACAACAGAUGCAGCAGCAGCAGCGACAACAACAACUACAACAACAGCAGCAGCAGCAACAACAGCAGCAGCAACUGAUGCAAGAGUCUUCCCUAAGCUAUCCCGGCUUUCCCUCUGAGCUAGAUCCUCCGUACCCACCGAUCUCGAAGCUUCCAAUCUACCACGAGCUUCUGGUUCACCCAAACGCCGACGCGGCAGCGAUCUCUGAGUCUGGCCGGAUUGACCCGACCUUGGAGGGGUCACACCUCCUGCUCCUGGAGCAGCUUCCCCCGGAGAGGAAGUUACCUGCGGAGAUGGAGGAGAAGGAAGCUCUGCGACAGCGCCGUCUGUCGGUCACGGAUCGGGAAAGGGUCGCCAUUCUCGGAGGCCUGGACGUCUCGGACAGACCCAUGGAUGGCCUCCCCUUAUCGAUGCUUUUUCUGCAAGACGCCUCCGAAGCUGCCCCUGGUCGUAGAAAAUUGCCCCCCUCGCCUCCCCCCACGUUUGGAAUUCUUAAGUAUUCCCCGUAUCUAGAAAUGGAGGAGAGCAGGUCAGAGGUUCCUAUGUCGCGAAGCCGGCAUCCGUCUUUCGCGGCUGUGGGGCUGAGGAUUACGGGAGUUCCCGAGGCGGGCCGGAUGAAACAUCUCUCGGGCUCCAGAGACACGGAUCUCCCAGACAUGAUGGACCCCACCGAGACGUCGCAACCUCACUCCGCGAGCGAUGCACCUCAGAACCGACACCCCUCCUUCACCUCCUCUUUCUCCUACACAGCCCCUCCUCCCCGGAUGACCUUGGACUCUGGCGGCGACCCCCCUCCGUACAACGGAGCUUCUGCAACGUCUGCCUCCUCCUCCUCCUCCUCCUCUCGGAACCGCCACCCAUCCGCGUCCUCAAUGAAAGCUGGCCCGAUUGACCCGGAACUACUCAACAUCGACUUUCGCUCGCGGAGCCGCCACGCGUCCAACUCCUCGGGGAUCCGCUCCAGCUUUGAGGAGCUCUUCCCCUCCGACUUCUUCCGCAGCCGCAACCCGUCGGGCUCCUCCUCGGUCCGUCGCAGCAGCCGUCCGGGCAGCAGCAGCUCAGACCGCGAGCUCCCUGCCAUCCAACUGGACGAGGUCCAGUUCCCUGAGCUCAUGAUGUACAGCUCGCGCAGCCGCAACAGCAGCGGGGAGUCGCUGGAGAAGGCCAUGGAAGAAUUUGACCCGCAGCACUGGGCGCAGCUGCUCCGAGACAACCCCGCCUCCUCCUUCGCCCCGCGGGGGCCGCACAGGUACUGAGUCAGGUCACGGCCUUGACCUUCGCCACAAGGGUAGCGGGGGUACUGAGUUAUGUCACGCCCUUGACUUUAACCUUCACCCUGUGGGGAGCACAGGUGCUGAGUCAGAUCGCGGCCUCCACCUUCGGCCCACAGGCCACCAGAUACUGAAUGAACCAGGGAUGGACGUGAUCAGAGGUUUUCCCACACUCUGCAGUUUCUCUGUCCUCGGUUUUUUGUUUUGUUUUUUGUUUUUUUUGUGGGUGGUUGGCAGGUGCUCUGGUGUGGGUUUGCUUC